CCACAGAUGGCAUCUGCUCCAUUGUGAUCCUCUCCUCAGGCUGCAGGGGGGUCUCUGCUCCUUCAGCAAGCCUUCCCUUUCCUCUUUUUCUCCCUUGUUCUCACACUUUCCCCCCCCACACUCCUCACCACUGUUUCCAUGUUCUGCCCUUCUUUACCUACACUUCCACAUGGUGCUCCUGCCCUGGCCUGGCUGUGGCUCAGCCCGGCCCUGCAGUUACAGUUGGAUCUGGCUGGAACCGGCUGUGUCCCACUGGAACCAGCUGUGUGCAGCUGGAACCGGCUGUGUCCGGCUGGAACUGGCUGUGUCCGGCUGGAACCGGCUGUGUCCCACUGGAACCAGCUGUGUGCAGCUGGAACCAGCUGUGUGCAGCUGGAACCGGCUGUGUCCGGCUGGAACUGGCUGUGUCCGGCUGGAACCGGCUGUGUGCGGCUGGAUCCGGCUGUGUGCAGCUGGAACCAGCUGUGCGCAGCUGGAACUGGCUGUGUCCGGGUGGAACCGGCUGUGUCCAGCUGGAACAAGCUGUGUCCGGCUGGAACCAGCUGUGUCUGGCUGGAACCGGCUGUGUCCAGCUGGAACAAGCUGUGUCUGGCUGGAACCGGCUGUGUCCGGCUGGAACCGGCUGUGUGCGGCUGGGGCAGCCCCGGCCUCCCCCCACGGAGCCCCCACAGCCUCCACUGCUGCCGCUGUGCCCUGGCACCUCCUACACCGGUCAUGGUUUAAUAGACUUCAUGGUCUGUAAAUUCAACCUUGACAAUUUCAGAUGUGAAAGCAGUCUCUUCUGGAAUAAGUCAAACAGUUGGUUAAAGUAAUUUCUUCCCCUGAAGGUUACGCUUGUGUUCAAGGAAGAAUUAGCUCAGAGAAACCCAAUUGCCUGAGAGGUAAAGGAGAAAGGAUAGGGCAAUCACAGCACCAUUUCCUAGUUCUGUCAUAAUCAAAAUCUGAUUUGGAAGAAGAAAGACAUUCUUUUUCUCUGAAAGGUUUGUGUGGCUUUACUCACUUCACAAACUUACUUAGGGGGAAACAAACAAGAGAAACCUGAAACAGAAUAGUUUAUUUUUGACCACCUGUUUAGCAUUUCUUUGGCUCGAUAUCUACACUAAAGAUAGUGCAAAUCUGGACAAACUGGCUACCAGCUGACUCCCAGGAGCCACAGAGGGAGUGAAGCAGCAUCACACAUUGGCUGGCAUCAGACACUACUCAGGUCUUGACUGACAGAUAAAAACAAGUACACUUUUUACUUUGCUGAUUGGUUUUUUUUCUCUUCUUUUUACACAGUGCUUUUAAUAUUCAAAGUAUUUCAAGCAGGGAUCAUUUAUUCAAAUGAAGAUUUAAGAAAAUUUUUUCUCAGGUUGCAUGUAAAUUUUAAACUUUUAUAUGCCUGUUUUUGUUUACAACAUUCAGAAAGAUCCUUCAAAAUACAGAUUGUGUGAAAAAUGUGUUACAGUUGAUUUUUCUCUAAAUGUCACCUUCACCACUAUUUUUAAACUGAGACAAUUUUCAGACUGUUGGUUAUUUUUUCUAUUGGCAAACCUUAACUAUGUUUCUGGGCUUGAAGCAGUCCAUACUUUCGUGGCGUCUUUUUGAAAAUGGAAAAUUUAAAAAUGUGAGUGACCUGAAUUGUUCAGGCUUAAUUCAUCACUUCAAAAAUUUUUUGAUUUCAUCAUCUAUUACCAGAGUGUUUUGGGCUUGUGCUUUGUUUGCUGGGUCACAUCAUCAAUGGCAUUUUAUGAAGAAAAAAAUACUCCU